AUGGCCACGAACAAGAAUGGCUUCGUCAGCGUCAUAAUACAGUACCGCCUGGGCGCUUUCGGGUUUCUCUCGAGUCCAGAGGUGAAGCAGCAUGGUGCGCUCAACGCUGGGCUCCUUGACAUGAACUUUGCAUUGAAGUGGGUCCAAGCUAACAUUGCCAAAUUUGGGGGCGAUCCUAGCAAGGUCACUAUUGCAGGCGAGAGUGCAGGAGCAGGCGCUGUUCUCUACCAAUCUCAAGCCUACGGUGGGCGGCAGAGAGAAGACCUCUUCCGUAAUGUUAUCACAGCGAGUCCAUGGGUACCCUAUCAGCAUGAUUAUGACGAUGAACAACCCGCAGAAGCCUAUGCGGCGUUCCUUGAAGCAUCUGGCUGCUCAAAAACGAAGGAAAGUAUGGAUUGCCUCCGCGCAGCGGAUACCAUCGUUCUUCAGAAUGCCAGCGCCAGAGUUUCGGAAGCUGGCCCUUUCGGUACCUUCGCUUUCUUGCCAGUAACCGACGGUACAUUUGUCCAGGACCGCCUCUCCACAACCCUUACUUCAAAGUCGCUAAAGGGAAGGCGUGUCUUAUCGGGUAACAUGGCAAACGAAGGCGUGCCACUCUCGCCUCCCACCGCGCGCACGCUGCAGGAUUUCCGAGACUACGUUGAUCUGACAUUUCCCGACUUCUCUGCAUCCGACAAAGCCCGACUGGAAGAAACAUACUCAUUUUCUGGGGAUGACCUUGACGUGAAGCCCAAUGCUACGCGCUUCGCUACAUCUGGUACUGGUCUACCCACGGCACUCAACAUGAGUGAAUUUGGGACAGGAAAUCAACAACGUCUCUUGAACGUUUUUGCGGAGUACGCCUUCGUCUGUCCCAGCUACUGGGCUGCUGGAGCUUUUACAGAGGGCUGGAAGUAUCAGUUUAGUGCGCCUCCAAGUUAUCAUGGCUAUGAUCUGCAAGCGCUAUGGAGCGGAACUCCAACGCCCGGCAAAAGCUUCAAGCACGCUUUCCGUAGGAUUUGGGGCAAUUUCAUCACAAAGAACUCGCCGGUGAUAAGCUUCGAAGACGCGAAGGGCGGUGUCGCAAACUCGACGAUCCCGCCCGCGACUGGGCAUGGUUCGAGUGACAUCUCUUGGCCAAAGUGGAACGAAAACCAGCCGGUACUACUGAAUAUGAAUGCUACAGGCGGCAUCCCUUCCUUGGUGCAAGCGACAGACGACCUUUACUACUACGUUUAUAGCGAUCCGGGCGUCAGCAACCAGAUCAAUUUGGCCGAUGCAAAUGCAUGGGAGGGUGGAAGGGGCGGGCGAUGUGAGUUUUGGAAAGCUAUGGCAAGCAAAGUACCAUAUUGA